ACACUGUACCUCGUAUUCGUCCUACCACUGGUUUUCAAUUCAGAGAUGUCUCUCCUCCUCGGGGUAAACCAACUUGGAAUGAUCCUCGUGUCAAAACAGAAGCUUGGACAAAUUCUUUACGCCGACAUCGAGUAACUCUGAACAGUAGGUCAGUGGAGUCAGCCGUAAGCAGGAGAGCACCCUUUGCAGCUCGAACCAUGAGUGCCAACCUUAGUGGGAAGCGGAAUAAGAUUGGACAAAUGACUUUCCCACAGUACAACUCCCUCAGUGACCCUCAUCUCUUUGACUUCUAUACCCGCAAGUAUGGUUUUCAGGCAGCAUGCCACUCUCAUUCAUCGAGACCAAAAAGUGCACCCAUCCAUAGAUCUCUGAGCUCAAGAGCUAGCAGUCUGCAGGCAAGAUCAUCAGUCGAGGAUAAAGUCUUGUAUAACGUCACAGUAAAAACAGGAGACCGAAAAAAUGCAAGCACUGAUGCAAAGGUGUUUCUUCAGAUGAAAGGCUCAAAAGGAAAGUUCAACAAACAGCGCCUUUUUAAAGGUUCAGGAUCCACCAAAUCAGGAGAACUUAGUAGUUUUCAGUUCAGCAGAGGUUCCAGUCACACAUUCAGACUUUAUGGACCUGAAAUUGGAGACAUCAAAAACAUCGUUUUGGAGCAUGAUGGACUUGAGAAACAGCAGGCAUGGUAUGUGGAAGAAGUAUCAGUCACCAACACUGCGAGGGAUAAGACCUGGAGCUUCCCAUGCCAAAACUGGCUUUCCCUGUUCCAUAAUGACUGCCAGCUCGGUCGUAUGCUCAGCCCUGCAGGAUGCAAGACUCUUGGUGGUCCAGGCAAAAAUUUCCCCAAAACAACAGUUUAUGAGGUGGUCACUGUAACAGGAGAUGUCCGUGGAGCAGGAACAGAUGCCAAUGUUUUUGUUACUCUCUUUGGGGAAUUUGGAAUCACCCCUAAAGUGCACCUUGCCAGCAAGAGCAGAACUGCUUUUGAAAAGAAUAAAACGGAUGUGUUCAGAAUCAAAACCAACAAUGUUGGACCAAUUAAGAAGAUAAGGAUCGAACAUGACAACACAGGUCUCAAUGCCAGCUGGUUUCUUGACAGAGUGGUGGUCACAGACAUGAACAGACCCCACCUUCGUUUCUAUUUUCCAUGUAACAACUGGCUCAGCAAAGAAGAAGGAGAUGGACUGUUUGUCCGAGAUCUCCUGGGCAGCCUUAACCCCAUGGAUGUACCAAAACCUAAUAAGUAUAUUGUGAGUGUAUUCACUGCAGAUGUUAAAGGAAGUGGGACAGAUGCCGAUGUUUUUCUUAAUAUAUUUGGAGAAAAUGGAGACACUGGUGAAAGAAGACUGGACAAUGAUAAAAAUAACUUUGAAAGAGGUGCAGAAGAUAAGUUUACAAUUGAGGCCCCCAACCUGGGACGCUUGAGAAAGAUUACCAUUGGCCAUAACAACAAGGGCUCUUCUGCUGGCUGGUUUCUUGAUAAGGUGAUUAUAGAUGAUUUGGGCAACAAAGCUGUGUAUGAAUUUCCUGUUAAUCGUUGGUUUGCAGUUGAUGAGGAUGAUGGCAAAAUCCAACGGGAUAUUUUAGUGGGGGGCAGCCAGGCCACAGGUAUUGUUUACAAUGUCUCUGUGGUGACUGGUAAUGUCAGAGGCGCUGGCACCAACUCCAAGGUUCAUAUUAUCCUGCAUGGAUCAAAGGGUUUGAAGAACAGCGGAAAGAUCUUCCUGGAGGGGGGGCAGUUUGAGCGAGGCCUGACAGACAUCUUCAAUGUGGAGAUUGCUGCGUUGCUCAGCCCCCUUAGUCGAGUCACCAUUGGGCAUGACAACUGUGGAGUUAGCUCUGGCUGGUACUGUGAAAAGGUGGUGGUAUACUGUCCAUUCACUGGUAUUGAACAAACGUUCCCUUGUGACAAGUGGUUGGAUGAAGAUGAAGGGGAUGGCCUAAUUGAAAGAGAGCUUUAUGAAAUGGUGUCACUGCGACAAAAGAGGCAGAAAAAGCAUCCCUGGUCACUGUGGAUCUGGACUAGUGAUAUCAAGAAUGCUGGGACAGAUGCCAACAUCUUACUUCAGAUUUAUGGAGAUAAGGGAAAAUCAGAUGAAAUGAGAUUGGAUAACAACUCGGACAACUUUGAAACUGGACAAACUGACAAAUUUACAGUCGAAUUACCUGAUCUUGGGAAUUUAUUCAAGCUGCGCAUUUGGCAUGAAAAAAGACAUCCAUUUGCUGGAUGGCAUUUAAAUAAAAUUACAUUGGUGAAGACCUUGACUAAGGAGAAGUACAACUUUUUCUGUGGCCGCUGGUUGGACAUUAAUGAAGAUGAUAAUGAGAUUCUUAGGGAGCUGCCUGCUCAAGGAGACCUCGUCAAGCAACCACUUAGCAUUGUCAAAUACAGGGUAACCAUCUGCACUGGAAAUAAGAAUGGAAGUGGCACAGAUGCCAAUGUGUUCAUUUGUCUCAUUGGAGAUAUGGGUGACACAGGGGAACGUGUUUUGUAUGCCAGCAAAAAUAAUGUCAACAAGUUUGAAAAGGGAAAUGCAGAUGAAUUCUUGAUUGAGGCAGUAUCCCUCAAGCAGGUGAGACGAGUAAGGAUCGGGCAUGAUGGACGAGGAGGAGGCUGUGGAUGGUUCCUUGAUAAAGUAGUGGUGAGAGAGGAAGGGCAGCCUGAAACACAAGCCAUUGAAUUUCCUUGUUACAGAUGGCUUGACAGGAAUGAAGAUGAUGGUCAGAUUGUACGAGAAUUAGUGCCAUCUGGAGAUGCUCAGAUGCUUAAAAAUAUCAGUUACCACAUCUUGGUGAAGACUGGUAAUAUCAGAGGGGCCAGUUCAGAUUCCAAGGUGUUUGUCAAACUGUACGGUGAGAAUGGAGACACAAGUAAGCAGUUUCUCGUGGUCUCUGAUAAUGACCUGCGCAAUUACUUUGAAAGAGGACGAGUGGAUGCAUUUACUAUUGAGACCCUAGAUAUUGGAAAGAUUAAUCGUAUGCUCAUUGGGCACACUAAUGAAGGCCUGCGUGCUGGUUGGUUUCUGGACAGUGUUCAGAUCAAGGUGCCUGUUCAUGGAAAGCAGUAUAUGUUUCCUUGUCAUCGCUGGCUUUGUAAAGAUGAGGCAGAUGGGAAAGUAGAAGUGGAAAUCUACCCCAGCGAAAUUUUAGACAUUGAAAAAUUGACCAACUAUGAGGUGACAGUCAUCACAGGCAACAUCCGUUCAGCAGGCACUGAUGCCAAUGUGUUCAUUCAGAUUUAUGGAGAAAAUGGAAAAACAGAGCUGAUCAACUUGAGAAGCAGAUCUGACAAUUUUGAAAGAGGGUCAAUGGAUGUGUUCAAGAUUGAAGCAGCCGAUGUUGGCAAAGUCUUUAAACUCCGUAUUGGCCAUAAUGGUAGAGGAGUUGGAGAUGGAUGGUACCUGGAUACUGUCAUCAUCAAACGCCUCACAGUGUCUGCUGUGCCACAAGAGGACAAGAAAAAGAAGAAAAAGAAAAAGAAAUCUGUGGACGAGGAGGAGGAGAUGGCCCAGCAAGAAGAAGUGUUAGAAAGCUAUACCUUCAUUGGGAAACGAUGGCUUGCCAAGGAUGAAGGAGAUGGAGAAAUUGUAGUUGAGCUUCUGCCAGAAGAAACUCAGGAUCUAGAAGAAAACGCAUACGAAGUUCACGUUUUCACUGGAACAGUGUUGGGUGCUGGAACAGAUGCAAAUGUCUUCAUCAAUGUUUAUGGAGAAAACGGAGACACUGGAGAACGUCAUUUGAAGAAGUCAAAUAAACUCAAUAAGUUUGAAAAGGGACAGGAAGAUAUAUUUUCAAUUACUGCUAUUGAUUUAGGGAAGCUAAAGAAGUUGCGAAUUCGCCAUGACAAUGCCCAGGGGAAUGCUGCCUGGUUUCUGGACAGGGUGGAGAUCUUGGACAGCAAAGAUGACACAACGUACUUUUUCCCUUGCGAACGGUGGUUAGCCAUAGAUGAAGAUGAUGGUCAAAUUGCCCGGGAGCUUGUUCCUGUUGAUGAGGCUUUUCUCAAGAAGAACUCUGAGAGUGAUAAGCAGUCUCAGGCUACUCUUGGGUUGGAGCAGAAAGCUCAGUCUACUACUUACACCCUAAAGGUAAAAACUGGAGAUAAAAAACAUGCUGGGACAGAUGCCAAUGUUUUUGCAGUUCUUUAUGGAGAAAAGGAUGACACAGGUGUUAUCAACCUCAAAGCUUCUAAGACACACAAGAACAAGUUUGAACGAGGCCAAAUUGACGAGUUUACUGUGGAGGCUGUUGAUAUUGGAUCACUGAAAAAAAUUCGUAUCGGCCAUGACAACAAAGGUGGCUCUCCUGGUUGGUUCCUGGACUGGGUAGAUAUUGAUGCUCCUUCUCUGGGGCAAAGGUUACGUUUCCCCUGUGGCCGUUGGUUGGACAAAACGGAAGAUGAUGGAGCUAUAAUAAGAGACCUCUUUCCUGCUGAACUUCAGACUGAGGAGUAUACUCCAUUUGUGCCUUAUGAAAUAACUGUAUACACCAGUGAUAUUUACAAUGCUGGGACAGAUUCAGAUGUUUUUGUUGUGCUGUAUGGAAGAGACAGCAUCUGCACUCACCAGAAAUCUUUGUGUGUUAACAAAAGGGAAAGACGGAUGUACUUUGAGCGUGGUGCAGUAGACAAGUUUAUUGUGGAGCUUGAAGAUGUUGGUGAUGUCAUUGAAAAGAUAAGAAUCGGACACAAUGGGAAAGGAAUAAACUCUGGCUGGCAUUUAGACAGAGUAGAGAUUAGGAGGCUCCUGCCAAAAGGAAAAGGAUCUGAAACUGUUAUAUUUCCCUGUGAGCGUUGGCUAGCCAAAUCAGAAGAUGACGGGCAAACAGUGAGGGAACUUGUGCCAUCAGAAAUCAUCCAGGAGAAACUCAUGAGAGAUGGUAGUUUGAAACGAACAGAGAGCAUCGUAGAAGACGCACUGGAAACUCAUACUUACAAAGUGUCCGUGUACACGGGGGAUGUCUAUGGAGCGGGAACUGAUGCCAAUGUAUUCCUUAUCAUCUUUGGAGAUCUAGGAGACACAGGAGAGAGAAAGCUCAGCAAGUCUGAGACAAACACAAAUAAGUUUGAGCGUGGCCAGGUUGAUAAAUUCACAAUUGAAGCUGUGGAUCUUGGUCAAGUUUUCAAGAUAAAGAUCCGUCACGAUAACACCAUGAUGAAUGCUGACUGGUACUUAGAGAAAGUGGAGAUCCUAGAUGUCGACACAGAAGAGACAUAUUUAUUCCAGUGUGAGAGAUGGCUUUCCAAAAACAAGGAGGAUAAGAAGAUAGAAAGAACAUUUUAUGUUAAGGGAUAUGAUGGAGAUCGGACUAGCUACACCAGUUCAAAGAAAAGUUUCAAGGGCUCUUCACUCAGUCUUAAGAGUCUCGAUAGUAAUAUGAACAAGAAAGACAAAAGGAAGAGUAUAAUUGAUGACUCAAUGGAAGAUGGACCAACAAUCCCGUACCACAUCUCCAUCACAACGGGUACAGAGAGGGAUGCUGACACCACCAGCCGUCCUUAUAUCAUCAUCAUGGGGCCUCAUCAGGCUCACACUGCUCGCCUGUGGCUUGAUCUGCCUGAGGGGAAGAAAAAAUUUGCUCAAGGUUCCAUAGAAAAAUUUCAGGUGGACGGAGCAGAUGUUGGAGAGAUAAAGAAAAUUGAGCUAGGUCAUGAUGGAGCCACUCCAGAAAGUUGCUGGCUAGUAGAAGAGCUGACCGUUUCUGUGCCGACCAAAGGAGUCAUGUACGUUUUCCCAUGCAAAUGCUGGCUUGCCAAAGACAGGGGUGAUGGUCUCACGGCUCGGGUUUUCAGUGUUCUUGAUGCCGAUAAUAUAAAUAUUGGCCAUAAGGUACUUUAUGAGGUAACAGUUGUCACUGGUGAUAUUCAAAAUGCUGGAACAGAUGCCAAUAUUUUCAUAACUGUCUUCGGAACCAGUGGAAGUACAGAAGAGAUCCUUCUUCCAAAGAAUGAAGACAGAUUUGAAAGAGGUCAAGAAGAUACCUUUACCAUGGAGAUCGAUGAUAUAGCUCCACUGAAGAAGAUGCGGCUUCGAACAGAAGGGAAAGGAAGCCGUCCAGACUGGUUUUUGGAAAAGAUUAUCAUGCGGAAUCUCAAUGAUCAAGAAGUAUCAAUAUUCACUUAUAAUGAUUGGCUUUCAAAGACACGAGGAUCAAAGAGAACAGUGGUUUGUGAGUUGGCAGCAGUAAUUGAUGAAGAAGAGAUGGUGGAAAAAACAACUUACACGAUCCUGGUUAAAACAAGUGACAUAUCAGGAGCCGGUACUGAUGCCAAUGUUUUUAUCAUUGUGUUUGGAGAGAAUGGAGACACUGGAACGAUUGCAUUAAAGGAAUCCAAUAACACCAAUAAGUUUGAAAGAGACCAGAUGGAUGUUUUCAGAUUCUCAGACAUGCUAAGCCUGGGAGACCUGUCCAAGGUCAGAGUGUGGCAUGACAAUAAAGGUGUUGGGGCAGGUUGGCACUUGGAGUUCAUCGAAGUAAAAGAUGAAACACUGGAUAAAACGUUCCGCUUCCAGUGUGAUCGUUGGUUAGCAAAGGAUGAGGACGAUGGCCAGGUCAUAAGGGAGCUGGCGUGUGCCAACAAUGACAUUUUGGACCUUCACGACCGCACAAGUUAUGAAAUUGUCACACUAACCAGUGACAGAGAGGAUGCAGAAACCAAAGAAAAUGUUAUUAUUGUAUUUGAAGGGAAGAAGUGCAGAUCUAAAGAGUUUGUGCUGGAGAAUUCAUCAAAGAAGAAGAAAUUUUUAAGAGGAGCAACUGACAAAUUUGAAUUUUCUUCCAAAAAUGUUGGCGACAUUGCCACCAUCUGUGUUGGCCACUGCCCAAAGGAGGGUAGAAAAUUUACAUCAAAAAACGAUGCAUACUGGCACGUGCAGGAGAUUAUAAUCACAGAACAGGAGCUUGGAAACAAGUAUGUUUUCCGGUGCAAUGCAAAAGUUCCACUGUCAUCAAAGCGAGAUGACUUCCUCACCUUCGAGUGUACAAAGGCAGUGGAGAGUUUUGCCAGCAAAGCACGCAGUUUGGUGCCAGUCAGGUAUGAAAUUAUUGUGAUCACAGGAGACGUGAAGGGCGCUGGGACGGAUGCCAAUGUCUCUAUCACAAUCCACGGCUCCAAUGGGGACUCCGGCAAGAGGGCAUUGAAACAGAAGUUCAGGAACCUGUUUGAGCGCGGGCAAACCGAUCGCUUCCAGAUUGAGAUGCUGGACCUUGGGGAGCUCAACAAAGUGAAAAUCGAGCAUGACAACAGCAGCUUGAGUCCCGGUUGGUUUCUUGACCGAGUUGAGAUCACCAACACAGCCACCGGAGUGACUACCAUCUUUCUUUGUGGCAAAUGGCUGGAUAAGAACAAAGGUGAUGGCCUAAUAUGGAGAGAGCUGUACCCGAAAUACUAAUUUUGUAUAUGGAGUUUUUAUCACUGAUCAAAUGACUGUAUCGUCAAGAGAUCAUCAACUUAUUGUUGUCAACUUACUUUUUUGGCCACAGACGUCAACCUAAAGAGAUACUAAUGGACUGUAUAGUGGGACACAUUUGAAUGCAAGCACUUUUAAAGAGCUAUUAAAUCCACUUAAAGGAGUAUCAUGUCAUACCAUACCCUUGUCAAAGCCCACUAAAUCCUGAACAGGGUUGUAGGGGACUGGAGCCUACCCCAGCAAGCAAAAGGUGCAUGGCAGAAACGGGGCGCCAGUCCAUUGCAGGGUGAACACACACAUUCACACACGCACAGAGUAGGGCCAAUUUAGCAACGCCAA